CCCGAUGCUCACGUACCGCGUAGAUGCUGACAAGGGGUUCAACUUCUCUGUGGGUGAUGAUGCCUUUGUGUGCCAGAAGAAGAAUCACUUCCAGGUCACGGUCUACAUCGGCAUGCUUGGAGAUCCAAAGUAUGUGAAGACCCCCGAGGGCCUGAAACCCUUAGAGUGCUUCUACCUGAAGCUGCACGGAGUGAAGCUAGAGGCCUUGAACCAGUCGAUCAAUAUAGAGCAGUCGCAGUCUGACCGCAGCAAACGGCCCUUCAACCCUGUCACGGUCAACCUGCCUCCAGAGCAGGUCACCAAAGUCACCGUGGGGCGGCUGCACUUCAGCGAGACCACAGCCAACAACAUGCGGAAGAAAGGCAAACCCAACCCAGACCAGAGGUAUUUCAUGCUCGUGGUAGCCUUGCAGGCCCACGCGCAGAACCAGAACUACACGCUCGCAGCCCACAUCUCUGAGCGCAUCAUCGUCAGAGCCUCCAACCCUGGCCAGUUUGAGAGCGACAGCGACGUGCUCUGGCAGCGGGCACAGCUCCCCGAUACUGUUUUUCACCACGGCCGCGUUGGCAUCAACACGGACCGCCCCGAUGAAGCCCUGGUGGUCCACGGCAAUGUGAAGGUCAUGGGUUCGCUGAUGCACCCUUCAGACGUCCGAGUGAAGGAGGACAUCCAGGAGGUGGACACCACAGAGCAGCUGAAGAGGAUCUCCCGUAUGCGGCUAGUGCACUACAACUACAACCCCGAGUUUGCGGCUACCGUGGGCAUCGACAACACCUCCGAGACAGGCGUCAUUGCUCAGGAGGUAAAGGAGAUCCUCCCUGAAGCUGUGAAGGACACCGGAGACCUGGUCUUUUCCAAUGGGAAGACCCUUGAGAACUUCCUGGUGGUGAACAAGGAGCGCAUCUUCAUGGAGAACGUGGGAGCCGUGAAGGAGCUGUGCAAACUGACGGACAACCUGGAGACCCGCAUCGAUGAGCUGGAGAGGUGGAGUCACAAGUUGGCCAAGCUCAAGCGGCUGGACAGCAUGAAGUCGACCGUGAGCUCUGGGGCAUUCAGCCAAACUGGAAGCCAGUUCAGCCGUGCAGGAAGCGUGCCCCACAAAAAGAGACCCCACAAAGUGGCCAGCAAGUCACCGUCGGUUGUCCCGGAGCAGGCCUGCAUCAGCCAGCGCUUCUUGCAGGGCACCAUCAUAGCCCUGGUCAUCAUCAUGGCAUUCAGUGUGGUGUCCAUGUCCACGCUCUACGUGCUGAGCUUGCGCAGCGAAGAGGACCUUGUGGAUAUCGAUGGGUCAAGCCAGAACUUUGAUAAAACGCAGGUGGUGCAGUCCACAGCUGCGUCGGACAGAGCCAGCGGCAGGACCCCCACGCACCACGUCCCAGAGGACACGCAUGACUUCGUCCUCGGCUCGCCCGCUCACAGCGUGCUAGCCUGCUUCAGCCCACCGUGUUUCUCCACGUGCUGCUCUGCUGCUCCCACCAACAUCUCCUCUGUUGCCCUCUCUGAGCCCAGCCCCACUCGUGCCACUAACCGGACAGACCAAAGUCAGACCUCACUCCUGCCGGUGACAAAUAUCAAAGCCAAAUCCAGGGGCAUCACCGGGAAAGCGACCUCCUACACCAAGUGGCCAAAGACGCCUGACAGGUCUCAGAGCUUCGGCAGCCCCAAUGCCAGCCCCUCUUCCCCCUUCACCCACAUCCAGGGCAAAUCCAAGUACAUCUCCAACCUCUCGCUCUCCCGCAGCAACUCCCCGCUGGGGCAGGCCCGGCAGCAGCGCAGCAUCAAGCAGCCGCUCUCACUGUGGCCCCAUCCUGCAUCGCCUGUUGUCCCUCCCGCAGGGCCCAGCCCAGUGCUGCAAUCCAUCCGGAUCGUGGAGAUCCACCUG